AACUACACUCAUCAGUGACAAGCAUUAAGAUCAUCCCAUAAGCUUCCUUCACUCUUUCACGCUCCCUUCACUGAAUCAUGGCGGUGACCUUCACUACUCGCCGGCAUGAGGCGGAGCUGGUGACACCGGCAGCGCCAACACCCCGCGAGCUCAAGUACCUCUCUGACAUCGACAACCAGAGCACCUUGCGGUUCUACGCCACCAUUGUUCAGUUCUUCCGCAGUCAACCCGCCAACCACAACCAGAGGCCGCAUCGUGACCCUGUUGCGGCCAUCAGGUCAGCCCUCGCGGAAGCCCUGGUAUACUACUACCCGGUCGCUGGCCGGCUGAGGGAGCUCCCGCCAGAUGGCAGGCUGGUGGUGGAGUGCACGGCGGAGGGCGUCGUGUUUGUGGAGGCUGACGCUGACGUGAGCCUCGCUCAGCUCGGCGAGCCUCUGCUGCCGCCGUACCCGUGCGUUGAGGAGCUCCUCUGUGACCUCGGUGAUAGUGGGGUCGUCGUUGGAAAGCCAUUGGCCUUCUUUCAGGUGACCCGUUUUAGCUCUGGAGGUUUCGCGGUCGGCGUGCAUUUUUGCCACAACAUGUUCGAUGGCUUCGGAUUGAUCCAAUUCAUUGAAGCUGUCGGCGACCUCGCUCGCGGUGAGGCACAACCGACGAUGCUCCCGGUGUGGGAGCGGGAGCUCCUGACAUCUCAUGACCAGCCGCGCAUCACGCAUGCGAACCUGGCCUAUGAGCCGCUCAGCAACGGCGCUGCUGGAACCGACGACGCGAUGCAGAUGACGCGGCCAGGAGACAUGGUAGGCCGGUACUUCUUCUUCGGCCCGGCAGAGAUAGCCGCCCUGCGGAGCAAUGCCCCGGCAGAACUCGCCCGGUCCAGCACCGUCUUUGAGAUACUGGCGGCCGCGGUGUGGCGGUGCCGCACGGCGGCGCUAGGGUACGCCCCUGACCAGCGCGUGCGCUUCGUGUUCACCUGCAACGCCCGUGGCAGAUGGAAACGCCACCCGCCGAUCCCACGGGGCUACUACGGGAACGCCAUGGUCUUUCUGGUUGCGGAGACCACUGCCGCUGAGCUCUGCAAUAACCCCCUCGGCUACACGCUCCAGCUGGUGCGCAAGGCCAAGUUCGACGUCAACGACGAGUAUGUGACGUCGGCGGUGGACAUGAUGGCGCUCCGGAAGUGGCCGCCUCUCGUGACGUAGCAGACCUACGUAGUGUCUAACGUUACGGCCAUUGGGGCCAACAAGAUCGACUUCGGAUGGAGCAAGGCCGUCGGUAGCAGCAUACCGAUGACACGAUACGUCAUGCUCAAGUUUGCCAGCUGUUUCAUGAAGUGCAAGAACGCUGACGGCGAGGACUGCACGGUGGUGCCGAUGUAUUUGCCGGUGACGGCAAUGGACAAGUUUGCCGCGCAGAUGUCCGUUUGGUCCAAGAAACCAGCAAAUAAGAAGGCCACAAGGAGCUCCCUCUAGGCUCGCAGCUCUCAGGGAACUGUCUUAUCUAUUUCAUUAAAUAAACUGCAAUGUAUUAUCAAAUAAAAAUAAUAGUUUUGCCGUAGGUGUGAGAACACGGCUAUGUGGGUGUCUGGCAUCAUGUCUGCCAUGUACGGAUUAUCCAUGUAUGGUCACCAAUAUUGGAGGCCAGAAUAUUCUAUUCUAUUAUUAAAAAAGAAGAUAUGUUUUAAAA